ACUCCGCCAAAUUCAUGAAAGUGCAAUACUAACAUGUAUUUUCUUUGGUGCUUUAAGCACCACCAACUGGGUGCCGUCCAGUUCCAUUAUAUUGGAGAGAAGGCAGACAUUUCUAAAGCCAAUAUCUCCAACACUCAGAAAGCCAAAACAAUCUAGCUUGAUAAAUAGCCCCACAGACAGCUAGUGUUUAUCUCACUUUGGAGAGCAAAGCACCCUUCACCAUGGCUGCUGCUGCUAUUGCUCCACCCACCAAAGGCAGCCUGAGAGAGGACCUGACAUGUGCCAUAUGCUGCGACCUGUUUCGGGAGCCUGUCAUGUUGGCCUGUAUGCACCACUUCUGCAAACCCUGCAUCUCCAGGUACUGGAGAGGAACUCAGGGGCCUGUAACCUGCCCGCAGUGCCGCAUGGAGUUCAGCUCCAAGCAGUUUCAAACUAACUACCUUGUGACAGCCAUGGUGGAGAAGGUUCGGGUCACCACCUCGGAAACCUACACGAAGAACCUAGAGAAACAACUGAGAGAGACUUUGGAGAGCCAUCGCCUGAGGAAGGAGGACUUCAUCAACAGUAUUCGCAGAGACAAAGACAAAAUGGAUACCAUAAAGAGAGUAGGAGCAGAUCUGCAGACUCGUGUCAAAGGGGAAUUCGGAGCUCUCCAUCAGAUCCUGCACGACGAGGAGACCUGCGCACUGGAGCAGUUAAGGAGAGAGCAGGAGGAGGAGCUGGAGAAAGUCCAGCGCCACCUGGAGGUCAUGGAGCUGGCCGUGAGGGAGCUGGAAGACAAUAUGAGAGUGCUACAGCAGGCUAGCACUGACACUGACAACAUCAUCCUGACUGAGCUCCCACAGAUAAGGUUUUCCAACAGGCCGUGUGUGCAGAUGGAUAUUGCCCCGGAGUUUGAUAUAAACGCUUUCAGCAACAAAUACAUGGCCCCAUUACAGUACAUCACAUGGAGAAAGAUGUUCAAGUUUUUGAAGCCAGGUCCUUCCCCAUUAACGUUUGAUGUUGACACAGCGCACCCGAGCAUUCACGUCUCCAGGGACAAAACCGCUGCCGUCGAAUGUGAAGUCAUGAUCCCGCAUACAGACCACAACAAGCGUUUCCUCCAGUGCGUCAACAUUCUGGCUGCCCAGGGCUUCCAGUCAGGCCGACACUACUGGGAGGUAGAAGUGGGGUCCAAAACCAAGUGGGAUCUGGGCGUGGCCUCGGAGGCCGUAGACAGGCACACUCGGAUCAAGCUGAGCCCCGAAAGCGGCUACUGGACGCUGCGGCUGCGUAAUGGGAUCGAGUACUCGGCCGGCACGCAACCCUGGACGAGGCUGCGGCUCCGCUGUACCCUCCAGAGGCUUGGGAUUUUCUUAGACUGCGAGGAGAGGAGGGUGUCGUUCUACAACGCCGAUGACAUGAGUCUGCUCUACUCAUUCACCAACGGGCCGAGGGGCAAGGCCUUCCCCUUCUUCAGCCCGUGCAUAAGUGACGGCAGACAGAAACCCCCCCCUAUCAAACUCCUCCACUACCCUCCUGUCGCUCUGUCUGGCUAACAUGGGCGCAAUCAAUAAAAGCUUUUCAGUAUGCAAGAGCUGUCCAUUCACUUAAUGACCAAUGGCUGUUAUCACUCAGCUAUGAAAAGACAGCAGUGCCUUUGUUCACAUUAUAGUUUUAUAUCACAUAUUUCAGAUUGCUCUCUUGUUUCCCAUGCUGCAAUGAUCAUACAUCGCCAGAUGCAUCUAUUCUCUAUCUCAAAUGAACCUUAAAAGCAUUGAAGUUAAAAUCGCCAUAUUCCUUGAUAACAAAACUCUAUUGUGCUGUAAUCGUUCUGAAGAGGCUCAUUAGAUUUGCAGGAGCAAUCGGCAGAGACAUUCAACUAUGUUGGGUUGAAUAUAGUGAAGUUUAGAUGCAAUUACAUUUUUAGGACGUUCUGGUUCUUCACUGCUCAACCAAAUCUUUUAAAUAGAUAAAGACAGCUGACCUGUCAAUGAUACUCUACAUAAUUAUUAUCAAGUCAGAGUGUCCUUCGGCUCUCUUGUUGAAGCUUUUUUUAAUCACCAUUGAGUUCAAUCAGCUUGACGGUAUUGUGCACUUUACUGUGAGAUGGUACUUUUGAUUAAAUGGUUCUUGAUGUUAUGUACAGAACAUUAUUCUGAACAACAGAUGUGUUUUCUGAUUAAGUUGAACAUCCUGAAGUAGCGUCACAGCACCUUAUGAGUUCUUUAGAUGACUUCUAGCAGCUGUUAAUUUGUCAUCAUUUGUACAUUCAUGUGUAUACAGUAUAUGUGCCUACAUUUGAACAUGUGAUGUUAUGCACUCUUCUAUUUUACAUCGCUUAAGGAAAUGACUCUAACUAAGCAGUAUAUUUACAUUGUUGCCAUUGCAUGUCAGUUACAUGUCUUCAUCAUUUCCUGAAAAAGACCUAAACAAUUACUGUAAAACCUGCCGAUGCAAACAAUAAACUAAAUCACUUUUUCUUUCUUAAAUAAA